AUGCGGAGGCGGGCGACCAGCGGGCCAGCCGUGCCAUCCGGAAGCCCCAACGAGCCAGCGCCAGCGCCUGCUGCUGGGGUGGACUCGGCCGCGGAAGAUUCAUCUCCGAACUCACCCUCGGAGCGCCGCUGGUGCAUUCGGGAGUGCCUGCGGCGUGUGGCCGCGCCGCCAGACCCCCGGUCGCUGCUGGCGGCCCGCUGCGCGCUGGCAGCUGUGGUGGCCUGGGACGCGGCCUCGAGGGCCUGUUUGGCGCCGGCGUUCUACGAGAACGCGCGCUCGUCGUACCCGAGGUUCGCGCUCGAGGAGGACAUCGGCAGCCUCGCCGUGCGCGCGAACCCCUUUGCGCUGCUGGACGGUGUGGCCUGGCCGCGGGCGCUGUUCGCGCUGACUGGCGUGCUGGCUCUUGGGGUGCCCUGGUACCCUGGGUGCUCUGCGGCCUGCUGGCUGCUGACCACCUUCGCGACGCUCCGGAACGUAGAGGUCACGUUCAUAUUCGACCGCUACCUGCACGUCAUGCUGCUCUUCAGUAGCCUCCUGCCGUACGGCGACUCCUCUGGCCCGGGCCUGGAGUGCCUGCUGUUCCGGCUGCAGAUCGUGUGGAUAUACCUCGACGCCGGGCUCGGCAAAGUGGCGGCGCCAGAGGGCGACUGGUCGCUGCGGGCGAAGGUGCCCGCGCUGGCCGUAUACACGAUGGGCGCUCCCCUGCUGGGCCAGGCGGUGGCCCUGGACCGGUGGUGCUGCGGCGGCGUGGCGGUGCGCCUGCUCACGCCCUGCGUCGCCUGGGCGGAGCUGCUGGUCGGGCCCUGGACGCUCCUCGCGACCGCCUCCGCGGGCCUGGGGCGGCUCUGGCCGCGGCUGCUGCCCGCCCUGGUCGCGGCGUCGCUGCACCUCGGCAUCGCUCUGGGCAUGGAGAACGGCCCCGCGAUCGGCGCCGUGGCGGGCGCAGGCUGGCUGGCGCUGCUGCCGGCGGAGCUCUGGCCGGCGGGGCCCAUGGCCCUCGGCCGCGGCAGGCGCGCGGGCCCCGAGGGGUGCAGGGGCACGGGCACCGCCGGAGGGCAGAAAGCCCUGGACGACGUGCUCGGGCCUGGCCGCGCUGGCCUUCGUGGCCUCCUGCCUGCUCUUCGAGCUCUCUGGCGCAGCGCCCGCGCCCGGGCCGCUGCCGACGGUGAUGCUGCGCAACCGCUGGAGCGUCUUUACGGGCGCCGAGGAUCGGACUCCGUGGCCUGGGAGGUGGGGCCCGCACGCCUGGCCAACGGCAGCGUGGUCGACAUCUGGUCCUGGCGCGAGAAGCCUGCGUCGGAGCGCGCAGUGAGUGCGAGGUUCGAGUAUCUGUGCCGCGAGUGGAAUGCCGCGCACGAGGUCCCCGUGGAGAAGUACCAGCUGUUCGAGCUGAUCGCCAUGCUCGGCGCGGAGCAGGAGACAGCCGCGCCCACCAAGCGGCUGCUCCGCGUGCAGUCGUGCGCAGGUCGGGGUGUAGGCCCGUUCCCGGCACCUAAUCCAGCUGUUGGCCAUGCUCCUCGAGCAGUUCAAGUCCACCGCCAGCGUAGAAGGACGGAGGCAGAGGCGCGCAGACGGGCCCGACGUCGGCGAGAGCGCCUUCGUCGACCUCCGAGUAGUGGAUUCACACCCGCUUGCCCAGUCCGCUGCGACGAGGACGUGCUGAACUUCGAGGAUGCCCAGGCAAGCUCCAGCGCCGGCUGCACCGAGCGGCCAGUCGGGGGAGUCGAGCCGCGGGCCGCCUCGGCCACGCUCGUGUCCCAGCGCCUGGCCAGAGCUCUCUGGUCGUUGGCCGCGUCUGUGCCCACUCGAGCACGACUCGAGCGAGCGGCAGCUGUGGCCCUCCCGCGGUCGCGCGGCGCCCCGUCGAUGCCGCCUCUUUCCGAGCCGAGCUCGACUAGAGCGCACGGAGAGCGGGCCGCCACGGUGCCGCCUGAGCCGAGCUCCUUCAGCUCGCCGAGGAUCGCGUUUGCCCGCGCCUCCGCUGACCCGUUGAGCGCCCGCGAGUCUGCGAAGCACCCCGUCGAGAUGCCGCUGCCAGCGCGCCGGCCUGGACGGGCGGCACCUGGCAUGGCGCUCGCGCCGGCGGGCGGCCGCAGCGGCACCCGCGGCGAGGCCCACUUCUGGAGCUGGAGUGCGCGCUUCACACUCGACCUCAGGGCUCACGCGCCCCCCCCCCACACACACAUCGGCACGGGGCAGGCGGCCUUCCGAGCCGAGGGAGGGGAAUGGAGAGGCUGGGACGGCGUGCAGCGGGAGGGGUGCGCAGCCCCCCUCGUUAGCCCGCCGCCGCUGUCCACCCGAGCCUCCAGCACAGGCUCCGCCACGGCCACAGGCCCGACCCGCGCGGAGCGGACGCGCCACUUCGGAAGCACUCGGGUCAGCACCGACGGCCGCAUGGAUUCGACAGCCUCUGCCUGCUGCGCCUCCUUGCCGCAGAAGGUCACGCAGCUGGCCACAGGGAGCUGCCCCCAGUACGCGGAAGUCGCUCUCGUCAUCAACAUUCAUGUCGAGCCUUUUGUCGUGCGCCGUACCUCCCUCUUCGUCAGGGUCAGGGUCGGAACGCGCCACGGUCGCACUGAAGGAUCGCAGGUCCGCGCCGCCAGUCGCAGCCUCGGCCCUGACCUCUGCCGCUCCGGCAGCCGCGCGUCGCACCUGUCCAUGAGAGACCGGCUGCCCUGGGACAUCGAGAAGAAGAUGCAUCUUCAUGUCGCCCCCAUGGCCCCUGAGCGCCUGAAGGACAGCUCGGCGGCGCGUGCGCACGUGAUGGAGGGCUGCAUGGAGACGUCCGUGCUGGAGCUCACCAGGCUCCCCCUUGGGCUGCCCGACUGUUGCGACGCGUUCAGGGGCGCCUCGUUCACUGGCGAUUCGCACGCCCUCGCAGUGGUCGGGCACAUCAACAAGCAGCAGGUCGUGCGCGCGCCGCGCGCCAUGGACGAGGCGGCCCUGCGCCUCGCGGCGCUCGGCGCCCUGGAGGCCUUCGCGGCGCGCCUGGGCCCCCACGGCGUGCGGCUGGAGCGCCGCCUGGCCGUGGUGCGGCUCGCCUGGGAGACGGCCCGCCUCGGCGGCGCGCCCGAGGACGGCGAGGCCGACGUCCCCCUGACUGCCGAGGAGGCGGCGCUCGGCGAGGUCGGCGCCGUGGCGGUCUCGGCGGCCAUGGAGGCGGCGGCCCUCCGCGCGGCGCGCGAGCCCAGCAGUCCAGCGGCCUCGGCGGCGCAAGCGGCGAGCGGCUCGGGCGCUGGAGAGGAUGCCUGGCCGUGGAUCCCGUCGGGGGCGUCCAAGAGAGGGGCCCAGAUCCCAGAUCUCCGACGAUCGGCGGCGAGGGAACGGGGGUGUUUGAGAGGGAGAAGGCCUUCUCAGAAGGCGGCGGGGCUUCUCAGAAGCCCUCGCGCGUUCUGA